CAGUCAGUGGCAAGUGAAGACAGGCUGUGCGGCAGGGUCUCCAGGGAAUGAAUGGAUUUUCUCCAGCUCUGAUGAAAGAAACACACGCUCUAGGAAAACAAUGUCCAACAGGGCACUGCGAAGAUCUGUCCUGCUGUCAGCGUUUGUUCUGCUGCGAGCCGUUACCGGACUCUCUGGAGACGGGAAAGCCAUGUGGGUUAAAAAACAUUACGUGAGUCCGGUAAAUGCAAGUCAGCUGUUCCUCUAUGACACUUUCCCUAAAAACUUUUUCUGGGGCGUCGGGACCGGAGCGUUUCAGGUGGAGGGGAGUCGGCAGACAGAUGGAAGAGGACCCUCGAUCUGGGAUCGUUUCGUCCACGCACGCCUGAAGGGUGUCAACAGCACGGAGAGAUCCGCUGACAGUUACGUUUUUCUGGAAAAAGACUUGACGGCUCUGGAUUUUUUGGGAGUUUCUUUUUAUCAGUUCUCAAUCUCCUGGCCACGGCUGUUCCCCAGUGGAACGGUAGGAGCGGUGAACAAGAAAGGUCUCCAGCACUACAAUGUGCUUCUGGACGCUCUGCUACUCCGGGGUAUUGAGCCAGUCGUUACCUUAUACCACUGGGACUUGCCUUUGGCGCUACAGGAGGAAUAUGGGGGCUGGAAAAAUGCGACUAUGGUAGAUCUCUUCAAUGACUAUGCCACGUUCUGCUUCCAGACCUUUGGAGACCGUGUCAAGUACUGGAUUACAAUUCACAACCCUUACCUUGUUGCUUGGAAUGGGUUUGGCACAGGUAUGCAUGCGCCAGGAGAGAAGGGAAAUUUAGCAGCUGUCUACACUGUGGGACACAACCUGAUCAAGGCUCAUUCAAAAGUGUGGCAUAACUACAACAAAAACUUUCGCCCUCAUCAGAAAGGCUGGCUGUCCAUCACCUUGGGGUCCCACUGGAUAGAACCAAACAGAACAGAAAACAUGGAGGAUGUAAUCAACUGCCAACACUCCAUGUCUUCUGUGCUUGGCUGGUUUGCCAACCCCAUCCAUGGGGAUGGCGAAUACCCUGAGGUCGUGAAGACAAGAUCCAUCGCACCUGUGUUUUCUGAGGCAGAGAAGGAGGAGGUGAGAGGCACAGCUGACUUCUUCGCCUUUUCCUUCGGGCCCAACAACUUCAGGCCCCCGAACACCGUGAUGAAAAUGGGACAGAAUGUAUCACUCAACUUAAGACAGGUGCUGAAUUGGAUUAAACUAGAAUAUGACAACCCUCGUAUCUUGAUUUCGGAGAACGGCUGGUUCACAGAUAGUUAUAUAAAGACAGAGGACACCACGGCCAUCUACAUGAUGAAGAAUUUCCUCAACCAGGUUCUGCAAGCAAUUAAGUUUGAUGAGGUACGAGUUUUUGGUUAUACAGCCUGGACUCUCCUGGACGGCUUUGAAUGGCAGGAUGCCUACACUACUCGACGCGGGCUGUUUUAUGUGGAUUUUAACAGCGAGCAGAAAGAAAGGAAGCCCAAGUCCUCGGCACAUUACUACAAACAGAUCAUACGGGAAAACGGUUUCCCUUCGAAAGAGUCCACGCCAGACAUGCAGGGCCAGUUUCCCUGUGACUUCUCCUGGGGAGUCACUGAGUCUGUUCUUAAGCCGGAGUUUAUGGUUUCCUCACCACAGUUUACUGAUCCUCACCUGUAUGUGUGGAAUGCCACUGGCAACAGAUUGCUACACCCAGUGGAAGGGGUAAGGCUAAAAACAAGACCAUCUGAAUGCACAGAUUAUGUGAGCAUCAAAAAACGAGUUGACAUGUUGGUAAAAAUGAAAGUCACCCAUUACCAGUUCGCUCUGGACUGGACCGCUAUCCUUCCCACCGGCAAUGUGUCUAAAGUUAACAGACAAGUGCUAAGGUACUAUAGGUGUGUGGUGAGCGAAGGGCUGAAGCUGGGCGUCUCCCCCAUGGUGACCCUGUACCACCCGACCCACCCCCAUCUAGGCCUCCCCAUGCCGCUUCUGAGCAGUGGGGGAUGGCUAAACUCAUAUACCACCAAGGCCUUCCAGGGCUACGCAGCGCUGUGCUUCCAGGAGCUGGGGGACUUGGUGAAGCUCUGGAUCACCAUCAACGAGCCCAAUAGACUGAGUGACAUGUACAACCGCACGAGUAAUGACACCUACCGUGCAGCCCACAACCUGAUGAUUGCCCAUGCCCAGGUCUGGCACCUCUAUGACAGGCAGUAUAGGCCAGUCCAGCGUGGGGCUGUGUCGCUGUCCCUACAUUCCGACUGGGCGGAACCUGCCAACCCCUAUGUGGAUUCACACUGGAAGGCAGCUGAGCGCUUCCUCCAGUUUGAGAUCGCCUGGUUUGCAGAUCCACUCUUCAAGACUGGUGACUACCCGUUGGCCAUGAAGGAGUACAUUGCCUCCAAGAACCAUCGAGGGCUGUCCAGCUCAGUCCUGCCCCGCUUCACCUCGAAGGAGAGCAGGCUGGUGAAGGGCACCAUCGACUUCUACGCACUGAACCACUUCACUACUAGGUUCGUGAUACACAAGCCCCUGAAUGGCAACUACUCUGCCGCAGACAGGGACAUCCAGUUCCUGCAGGACAUCACUCGCCUGAGCUCCCCCGGUCGCCUGGCGGUAACGCCUUGGGGAGCGCGCAAGCUGCUUGGGUGGAUCCGGAGGAACUACGGGGACAUGGACAUCUAUAUCACAGCCAACGGCAUUGAUGAUCUGGCUCUGGAGAAUGAUCAGAUCCGAAAGUACUACUUGGAGAAAUACAUCCAGGAGGCCCUGAAAGCAUACCUUAUUGACAAGGUCAAAAUCAAAGGCUAUUAUGCAUUCAAACUGACUGAAGAGAAGUCUAAGCCUAGAUUUGGAUUUUUCACAUCUGACUUCAAAGCUAAGUCCUCUGUGCAGCUUUAUAGCAAGCUGAUCAGCAGCAGUGGCUUCCCCCCUGAGAACAGCAGUUCUGCAUGCCGUCAGCCUCCAGAAGACACAGAGUGUGCCAUCUGCUCGUUUCUAGAGCAGAAGAGGGCACUAGUCUUCUUCGGUUGUUGCUUCAUCUCCACUCUGGCUCUACUGCUAUCAAUCACCAUCUUUCAUCAUCGAAAGAGAAGAACAUUUCGGAAAGCAAGGAACUUACAAACUAUACCUUUAAAGAAAGGCCAAAGCAGAGUUCUUAACUAACCCAUUGUUUCUGUCAUAAAGAGUCACUCCAGUUCCACAUACUGGUAAUGUACAAUCUGAGAGACAGCUGUAACUAAGGUGAUGACAAUCGAUGCCUUUGCAGUGUGGUUCAAAUCAUUCCCUUAGGGACUGACAAUCAGUGACUUUAGUUCUGUGAGCUGAAGGUUUCAUCCUGACUGUCACUGCGGGCAUGACCCCAAACACUGCUUCAGGAAGUGUAAAACGCUGUUUCACAUAAUUUUUCUCUAGCUUUCUUCUGUAAAUAGCAAUCACUAUUCACGGUAAAGGAAUUGAUUUUAAAAGAUGAAAUUUUGUUGUUUUAGACUUCAUAGUUUAAAGCUAUUUUUUGUUGCUGUUGUUUUGAGACAGGAUUUAUUAUGUAGCUCUGGCUGUCCUGGAAUUCACUAUGUAGACCAGGCUGGCCUUGAACUCACAAAGAUCCACCUGCCUCCGUCUUUUGAGUGCCGCGAUUAAAGGUGUGCAUCCCCAUGUCUGGCUAAAACUAUUCUUUAAACUGGACAGUUAGUGACAUACUCUGUCACUUCUAUCAAGGUGCUCUCUAUUUCGGUUAGGGCAGGCCUCAGACAGAAUGUAGAGACACAACAGGAUUUCACAUCAUGAUUUACACAAGUGGAUUUACAUCAUGGAUAUAGGCAGUUAAAGCAUAGGAUUUAAAACACACCAAGUUUAGCUUGCCUUAAAAAAAAAAAAAAAUCAAGCACUUCUUAAACAUCCAAACUUUUGAGCUCUUACUGGACUUCUGAUUUUUUUUUUUUUGGGGGGGGGGGUUCAAGACAGGGUUUCUCUAUAUAGCCUUAGAGCCCACAGGUCGUCCAGGAACUUACUCUGUAGACCAGGCUAAUCUUAAACUCGGAGAACCACCUACAUUUGCCUACCUUAAAGCCAUGUGCCACCUUACCCAGCUUGGACUUCUGAUUUUUUUUUGUUUUCGGAGACAGGUUUUCACUGUGUAAUCAAGUCCUGCCUGUCCUGGACUCACUUUGUAGACAAGGCUGGUCUCAAACUCAGAGGCAAGAUCUGCUUGCCUCUGCCUCCUCUGUGCUGGGCUUAAAGGUGUGCCCCACCACUGCUUGGCGGGCUUCUGAACUCAUGUAGAGGGAAGAUGACAGGAUGAAGGGUAACUAGACCAGGUAUCUGCGAAGAAAGUUCACGUUGUAGCUUUUCCUGUAGCUUUACAGUACAGCAAUUCCCAUUUUAAAAUAAACUGGCUUUACUCUUA